AUGAGGACCCUCACCCUCCUUGCUGCCCUUCUCCUCUUGGCCCUCCAGGUCCAGACUCAGAGUCUUGAAGAGACAGCCGACCAGGUUCCUGCCCAGGACCAGCCUGGGGCCGAGGCCCAGGACAUGACCAUCUCCUUUGCAGGGGAUGAACGCUCCGCUCGAGAGGCUUCAAAAAGACCAAUCGUCUGCACGUGCAGACGCCCCUGGAGCUGUCGUUUGGGUGAACGCCACUCUGGGACCUGUAGAGACAGUCAAGGCCUCAUUUACAGGCUCUGCUGUCGUCGCUGAGCUUGUGCAUGGAGACUGAAAGCAGCGCGAGAUUCCAUUUGAUAACCCGGAAAAUGGUUUACUCUUUGUACCUUCCACCUUUUCUUAAUUCCUUCUCCAAAAUAAACUUUAAGCAUUAAA